AUGAUGAGGCUGCAAUACUCUCUCGUGCUAUGCCUAGUGUUUUCUGUAAAGCUGGGACAAAGUAAUUCAGCGCUGUCUGCAUUCUCUGGUAGACGCACACGAGAAGAUGAAGCAGUUCCAGUGCAACCGCGGGUUCGAGGUGCGGCUGCCCAGUCCGAGCGACAAUUUCGUUCAAGCUCAUUGCUGAGAAAGCUCAUGAAGGAUGAGAAGAACAAAGGAGGGAAAAACAAUAACAUGGGCGGUGGCAACAACAAUAACAAUAACAACAAUUUCAUUGGUAGAGAGUUCGAGGACGCCAAUGAGUUCAACGCCAAUGGUUUGUCCGAACCACCAGGUGGAUGUGCAGAUCCAAACAUACCAGAUGUUCAAGCGCGAAGAGCCAAUUCCCUCACUGACCAAGAGUGCGUUACAAACUCCUGCACCGGUGGAUGUUGCCGAAUCUACAACUGGUUGAUUUGCGACGAAAGCAACAGCUAUGACCAUCUGGCAUGUGUCUGCAAUCCCAACACCAGUCCUCCACCACCCACACCUUUUCCCACCAUGGCACCAACUCUCCCGCCCACUACUCCUGCGCCAACAAUGCCCCCUCCCACUACCUCGAUGCCCACUCCACUACCAACUCUUCCUCCCGUGGCAACAGCUGUAACACCAGAAGUGGAGCCUCUUUUCAACUUUACGGACAACAGCACCGUCGCUGUGGAUCGAGAAGACCAAGGUGGCGCAGGGAGCAUUGACGUGGGAAUUCCCUUGCCAGCGCCCACCACCGCGUCCCCUACGACCUCGUCACCUACUACUUCUCAACCCACUCCAUCCCCACCAACUACGUCUCAGCCCACCCCAUCACCGCCAACUACGUCGCAGCCCACUCCAACUCCAGGACCAUUGCUGCCCUGGCAGCAAUGUUCAACUGGAUCCAUCUACCAUGGUAAUGGUGCCACUGAUUGCCUCUACGCCGAGGAUUGUAUUGUCAAGGAUGAAUGCUGCAUACGAAACUUUUGCCUCUGUGGAAAUCCGGGAGGUAUGGAUUCGGAAUGUGUUCCAUCUAGGUUCAUCUAG